UGCUGAGGUCUGUGUCCUGUCUUGUACCCACUGUGCUCCUUCUGUUCCCCUCCUCCAGAGAGCUCACCAUGGUCAAUGAGACCCAGCAUACUUGCAGUGCCAGUUCCAGCUCCAAGUCUGAUGGUGGGAGCAGUAGCGGGAGCGAGAGCUCCAAGGACAGUUCACGCUGCUCUACCCCUGUCCUCGAUGCUGACCGUCAUGAGCGACUGCGGGAGAAGAUGCGCCGACGGCAGGACUCUGGAGACAAGUGGUUCUCCUUGGAGUUCUUCCCUCCACGCACAGCCAAUGCUGCUGUCAAUCUCAUCUCCAGGUUUGACCGCAUGGGAGCAGGUGGUCCACUCUUCGUUGAUGUGACGUGGCACCCUGCAGGGGACCCAGGAUCUGACAAGGAAACCUCUUCCAUGAUUAUUGCCAACACUGCAGUCAACUACUGUGGCCUGGAGACCAUCCUGCACAUGACAUGCUGCAAUCAGACCAAGGAUGAAAUCACAGGGCAUCUGCAGAAGGCCAAGCGGCUCGGGUUGAAGAACAUCAUGGCAUUGCGUGGAGAUCCUGUUGGUGAGGAAUGGGAGGAAGAAGUAGAUGGUUUCAACUAUGCUGUUGACCUGGUUAAGCACAUUCGCAAUGAAUUUGAUGAUUACUUUGACAUCUGUGUGGCAGGCUACCCUAAAGGUCAUCCUGAAGCAGAGAGCUAUGAGGCAGACCUGAGGCACCUGAAGGAGAAGGUCUUUGCUGGGGCAGACUUCAUCAUCACACAGCUUUUCUUCCGAUCAGAAACCUUUCUCAAGUUCAUGAAGGACUGUCAAGCCAUUGGCAUCACCUGCCCCAUUAUUCCUGGCAUCUUCCCCAUACAGGGUUACCACUCCCUGCGCCAGCUGGUGAAGCUCUCCAAGUUGGAAGUGCCUCAAGAAAUCAAAGAUGUGAUUGAACCCAUCAAGGACAAUGAUGCAGCUAUCCGGAACUAUGGGGUGGAGCUGGCAGUGUCCAUGUGCCGGGAGCUGUUGGAUAGUGGCAUGGUGCACGGGCUCCAUUUUUACACCCUCAAUCGGGAAGUGGCUACUACCGAAGUCCUUAAGCGCCUGGGCAUAUGGAAGGAGGACCCCAGGCGGCCUCUGCCCUGGGCAGUCAGCGCUCACCCCAAGAGAAGAGUUGAAGAUGUUCGGCCAAUCUUCUGGGCCUCUAGGCCAAAGAGUUACAUCUAUCGAACUCAAGAAUGGGACGAUUUCCCCAAUGGCCGAUGGGGUAACUCCUCCUCUCCAGCCUUUGGGGAACUGAAGGACUAUUACCUCUUCUACCUGAAGAGCAAGUCUCCCCGGGAGGAGCUCCUGAAAAUGUGGGGAGAAGAGCUGACUGGUGAGGAGAGCGUCUUUGAGGUGUUCACCUGUUACAUCACUGGAGAACCCAACAAGAACGGGCACAAGGUUACGUGUAUGCCUUGGAACGAUGACCCUCUUGCUACUGAAACCAACCUUCUGAAGGAGCAGCUGGAGAAGGUUAACAGACGAGGAAUCCUGACCAUCAACUCCCAGCCAAACAUCAAUGGCAAACCGUCCACAGACCCCAUUGUAGGCUGGGGGCCCAGUGGGGGUUAUGUUUUCCAAAAGGCAUACCUAGAGUUCUUCACCUCCAGUGAGAUCGUCACGGCACUGCUCAAAGUGCUGAAGAAGUACGAGUUGCGAGUGAACUACCACAUUGUCAAUGUCAAGGGCCAGAAUAUCACCAAUGCUCCAGAUCUGCAACCCAAUGCUGUCACCUGGGGCAUCUUCCCGGGCAGAGAGAUCAUCCAGCCCACUGUAGUGGAUCCUGUAAGCUUCCUCUCCUGGAAGGAUGAGGCCUUUGCACUGUGGAUCGAGCAAUGGGCCAAGCUCUAUGAAGAGGAGUCACCCUCUCGCAUGAUCAUCCAAUACAUCCAUGACAACUACUACUUGGUCAACCUGGUGGACAAUGACUUCCCACUUGAAAACUGCCUCUGGCAGGUUGUGGAUGAUACUUUUGAGCUGUUGAACUCUCCGACUCAGCAGUGAAAACUCCUCUUAUAAUCCCUUACUUCCUCCUUCCGUCCACUGACUGCGGGGAGAGAAAAAGCAGCUCCUGUGCUGAUGGUGGACCACACACUCCUAAACCCAGUGACCAGGCUAGCUCUCCGAUCUACCCACACUACAUGCUCUUCUAUCCCCAACACAAAGGCUCCCUCACCCCUUCUCACUGAACAACAGCCAGAACUACCUGAACCUCUGAGCUGAGGCUCUAGCCUGAGCUUGAAGGUCAGCUCUGCAGGAUGAAGAGGUGCUAAUCGUGGCUAUGUUGAUUACAGUAACAGGAGAACUCUUGUGCAUCAACGGUGAUAAAGCUCAGUGGGAUUCUGGUAACUUUCUCGUGCCAGAAAUGCUGCCUUGGGGGCAGAAACACUCCUGUCAGCAGUGCCUAAGCAAGGAGACAUUUCAGCAGUUGCUAACCCUGAAAAGAAGCUCAAGUUGCACUCCUAAGAUGUAUUUCUUCAUAUCUGAUCAUAUCAGGCUCUCUUUUGCACUCACUCCAGAAGAAGGUUCAAAUUUUCUCCCUAACUUUUCUCCUUUUAUUAUAUUUCCCAUUUUCUUUUUAAUAGGAAAAUGUGAAUUUCACUUCUGGAUGAGACUGAGUAGGAAUCACACUGUUUCUUAGAUUAAGUACAAUAAAAUACACAAA